CGCCAGCACAGCAGCUCGAGCGCAUCCUCCCGCCGCUGGUUGCUCACCCCGCGGCUGCUGGCGGCCGGCCGGCCGGCCGAGCCGGACACGCUCCGCGGCUCGCCGCUCAGCACCUUACCCGAGACCUCCCUCCGCAGCUCCUCGGGGAGGGGGGCGGUCGGUGCCUGCGCAGAGCCGCCUCCUCCCCGCCCCCGCCCCGCCUCCCCCCGCGCCACAGCCGCCCGCUACCGCCGCCGCCGCUGCGCCUGCUGCUCCUCGCCGUCCCCGCUGCAGUGCGAAGGGCUCGAAGAUGGCCGGUUGGCAGAGCUACGUGGAUAACCUGAUGUGCGAUGGCUGCUGCCAGGAGGCCGCCAUUGUCGGCUACUGCGACGCCAAAUACGUCUGGGCAGCCACGGCCGGGGGCGUCUUCCAGAGCAUUACGCCAGUAGAAAUAGAUAUGAUUGUAGGAAAAGACCGGGAAGGUUUCUUUACCAACGGCUUGACUCUUGGCGCAAAGAAGUGUUCAGUGAUCAGAGAUAGCCUGUACGUCGAUGGUGACUGCACAAUGGACAUCCGGACAAAGAGUCAAGGUGGGGAGCCAACAUACAACGUUGCUGUCGGCAGAGCUGGUAGAGUCUUGGUCUUUGUAAUGGGAAAAGAAGGGGUCCAUGGAGGCGGAUUGAAUAAGAAGGCAUACUCAAUGGCAAAAUACUUGAGAGACUCUGGGUUCUAGCUUCUAGGCAGCCUGUUAAGUAUUAGGGGAAAAUUGCUCUUAAAUUUUCCUAGCUGUAAGCUUGAGUCUUAAUUCUGGAAAUUUUAUUAGCAAUGCAGGGUGAUGGGGUAUGAACCUGUGUCUCCUUUGUAUCCCUCUGUUGGUGGGGAAAGGUGUCUUUCUUUCUGCCCUCCCCUCCUUAAAUAAUUGUUCACUUUUGUUUUGUUUCCUUGUGUACUCCAGCAUUGGUUAUAGUCAUGGGAAAGGAAGGUGUCCACGGAGGCACACUUAACAAGAAAGCAUAUGAACUGGCUUUAUACCUGAGGAGGUCUGAUGUGUAAGCAGCCUCUCCCCAUCUACCUAGCACCUGUCUGCAUCACCACCCUAAUUAUGGUCACAGUGCUACCAGACUAUAGUGGGUAGCUAAUUUUUUUUUCACCUAUUUUCUAAUGUUACAAUUCCUGUUUGCCCAAUGGAUUAUUUGUAUGUUAACCACUGUAUGUAACCAACCCUUUUCUGGCAACUUAAUUGCAGCACAAUAAUGAUUUGCAUGAUACCUUGAAAUUUGGGGGGUGGGGGCAUGCCACGUUGGGCAUCACUUUGUCUUAGCAAUUAAUGGGAUAUUGAUUACUAAAAUAAGUUAAUAUUAAGCAAGGUGCCGGUUGUACAAUCUCUUAUUUGAUCAAUGUCUUUUCAGCACUUUGAGCAUUGACUUAGCUCAUUUAGUCUUCCUUUUGUAGCGCAUGGUUGGGAGGGAAAAGUGCAUGCAUCUUUCCUUCACUCUUUUCCCACGCCCUCCCUUCGCAUAUAUGGUAUUUGGUUUGCUUCCAUCUUUUACGCAGUGCCUGGUUUAUUUAACCAAUUAAUAUUCCUUUUGUAGAGCUAUUGAGAGCUGCAGUAGUUUGCUUUUAGUAUUGUUGUUGCACUUGAGACAAACGUUUUUUCAUACUGUCUGUAGGACAUAUGAAGAGUGCAACUGCAAAACAAGAGCAAAAGGCACUUCCUCCCAUAAUCUCACAGUAACCAUACUGGUUGAAUCCCCAGGGACAUUCCACCAUUGCAAUAGCUCACAUUUUUGUUCCUGUCUUUUUCUUUGCACACCAGCUGUACUCUUUAGUAAAACUGUAAAAGGCUGCCAUUAUGGACAUUAGGUAUCCCAACAUAACCAUCUGGAGUGUGUCCAGUUUGUUCUUCAUAGGACCAAUUUUUAUUUGCAGCUUGAGUUUUUAUAUGAAGUUGCAUUAUUGUGGACUUGGCUGUCUUGUGAUAAAUUUUUUCAUAUGUAUUCUGUGCCAUACUAUUGUUAAAAUGAACUGUUGCUAUUGUGAGAUGGAUUUUAACUGACCUAUUAAAGGUUUCUUCCGAAUGGCACUACUUUAGGGACAUUCUAGUAUUUGCUUCUAUUGUUUGGGCCUUGUGGAUAAUGUACAGAUUUAAAAAUGAAUCUCGUUGCUGAUUCGUCCAUUUCUUUCCCUGCACUUUGUUACAUCUGGGAUACAGUCUAACUCAUCUGAUUUAAUAUGCAUUUAAAAAAAUGCCAUAACUAUUAAACACCUUGUUUACAGACAGAUGAAAUAAAUUUAUUCCAACCAAAUA